UCCAAAUGUCACAAACGGCAGAGAUGAACGCAACCGCGCCGCUGAACGUCGCCAAGCGCAACCUCCGAGCUGCCCUGAAGCUGAAGCUCAAGGAUGUCUCACACAACUCAAUACUAUCACAAAGCUCAACCGUGUUCAAGACGCUCAAAACACUAGACGCUUAUCGCAGCGCUAAGCGCAUCAGCGUCUUUCUCUCCAUGCCCACCGGUGAAAUUCAAACCGAUGCCAUUGUGAGGGACGCGCUUCGGGCCGGCAAAGACGUCUUCAUCCCCUAUCUCUACAAAAACCCGGCCGCGGGCCCCGGUCUUCCCGCGCGCAUCAUGGACAUGGUUCGUCUGAGAGACGUCGCCGACUACGAAUCGCUGCAGCCAGACAAGUGGGGGAUCCCGAGCAUCGAUCCGGCGACCAUUCCUGAGAGGCAGCGAGUACUAGGCGACCCCGACAUCCAGCACUCUGACAGCACUCUGCUGGACCUCGUCCUGAUGCCUGGGGUUGCCUUCGACAUCGAGCCCGACAACGGCGCCGUCCGGCGGCUCGGACACGGCAAAGGCUUCUAUGACUACUUCCUCUUUCGGCACAGGCUAAAGGCGACUUCGCUUGGGCAGCAAGAGUUCCCUGCAUUACUUCUUGGCUUAGCCCUGUCUGAGCAGUUCCUAUCUCCAUCCGAGGGGCCCGUACCUGUUGGUCCCCUAGAUCAACCACUGAACGGCCUCGUCCUCGGCAACGGCGACAUCAAGGGCCCGCUGGCCGCUGCUCCUUUGAAUGAAACAGAUUGAUUCCACACCGUCUU